AUGGUUUCUAAUAGACCUCUGAAGGCAGAAGAGCCGGACGGAGAAGCUGAAGACGACACUACCAUUGAUGUGGAGUUAGAAAAUGUUAGACCAAGACCACAAGGCUCCUCUCCAGUUUAUGAAUAUGCUAUAAAUGAAUACUAUAUUAAUCCUGAGGACACUUCAAUAUACACCGACUCUGAGUUUUCAAGCAGGAUAAGGAAAACGUCAUUUAUACGUACCUCCCAUCCAUUCUCAAAAAUGAGUGAUUCAGAGGAACCAAUGGAAAUAACCUUAAGCACUGAAGCCAAAACAGGUGCUAGUGGCUUUAAUAUAACUGGUGGAAGAGAGGAAGGAAUUAUUGUGUCCCAAGUUCUGAAGGAAUCUCCACAUUCAGAUAUAUUCUGCAUUAAAGAAGGAGACCAACUUUUAAGUGCAACAAUAUAUUUUGAUAAUAUCACUUAUGAGGAUGCACUUAAAAUUUUACAACAGUCUGAGCCAUACAAAGUACAAUUUAACUUGAAACGCAAGCUUGGAAAAGAAGACAGAGAGAAAAUGCAUUCUAUCAUACAAAUCAAGAAAGACAAACAGAAGCAGGAUAAUGGUGAUCAACUUUGCAGUUUUAAAACAACAGAGGGUGAUAAAACGGUUCGAAAGAGAGAGCAUAAGAAGAAACGCUCAAAAAAAGACAGACUUUCUUGGCCAAAAUUUCAAUCAAUUCCAUCUACUGGUAUUCUUGGGCACAGAAGGUCUAGGAGUACAUCAGAAACAAAUGAUGAAGAAACCCAAGAUACUUCUUCAAGAGUGAGCGAGCUUCAAGAAGAUAUUUCUAUAAAACAGUAUGAACGUGAAUCCCUGGGAAUGGAACUUCAGUGUAGAAAGACAAUAAGUGGGGAAAAGAUAUCAGAACUGGAAAACAAAAAGCAGGCUGAGCCAUACCAAAGACUGAAAGAAAAAAGGAGUUUAGAUAGUAGUACGAGUGUGCAAAUAGAUCAACACUCUGUUCCUAAAACUCAGCUUAGAAAAGGUGACUCAUUACAUUCUUACAUUUCUGCAAAUACAUCAAAAGACAAAGAAGACAAUACACAUAAUGUUAUCUGGAGAGAGACAUUCCCUGAAGUUAUUAUAGUAAAAGAAAAAACUUUACCCUCGCCAUGCAAAGUAUCACCAUUACAAAGAAGGGAUCAAACAACAAUAUUGCAGAGUUCUACUAAAGUAAGAAUUAAAGAGUUACCACAACAAACUGGUUUAGGUCAACAAUUUUGUGAUGAUGUUACAAGCCCAACAGAUGAAAAAAUGAAGUCAAAGCAAAGAAAGAAAAAAUCAAAAAAGGCAAUAUUAGGAAGCACCUGUACUCAAGCGGAUGAUAUUAGUGAAGUUCAUUCAUCUAGUUCUCAUUUGAAAAUAGACUUUCAGUCUUCCUCAAGUAAUGAUACAGAAGAAAACAAGAUUCCUGAAGAUGAAAAAGUAAGUACAAGUAGUGUAGCUUUUAAAAGACUUGUAAAUAGUGAUGCUGAAAUAAAUAACAGAGGUGAUAUUGCAGAAUUACAGCAAAACCAUGUUGCUGAAUCUAAAUUACAUGGAUUCCAAAUGCCAUUGUUUGGUAUUUCUCAAAAGGAAGGAUCAAUUCUUAGUGGUACAGAGCCAACUUCAGAGAAAAAGCCUCCAGACCGACAACAAAUUUUAUCGGGAUGGAAGCUGCAAAUGCCAAUAAUUAAAAUGCCUAAGCUACCAAAACUGCAAAGAAAGUCUUUUAGAUCUGAAAUUGUUGAACAAUCUGAUAUAAAUACUAAUAAUAUAGGGACAGAGGGAGAAGAUACUAUAAUCAUUACUGAUGCCCCAAUAUUAUCAACACUGCACAAAGAAACAGAAAAGUCUGCAAGCAGCAGAACUAAGAAUAUUGAAAGUAAUAAACUUCCAGAAGUACUAUACCUUCCUGACAACAGAGAACCAGUUAUUACAGGGGGUAAUAUUCAUCAACAGUCUGUAUUGAAACACAAAUUUGUAAAAUCUCAGUCAGGUAAACAUGAAUCAGAUCUAAAUAUCAAUUUCUUAGACACAAAGAAAGAAAUUUAUACUUUACCUGAGAGUGCAAAAACAGUGGAUAAAGAGAAUAUCCAUAUGCGAUCUACUCCUUUACAAUUACAUUUACAAGAUGUCGGUUCUGACACGUUAUCCACAAGCAAAUUAAAGUUAAAUACAGAUAUGAUUGCAGAGAUUCCUGUACCAGAAUUGGAUCCACAAAUUACUGAUAUGCUUUUACCUGAACAAUUCGAACCUGAGAAAGCUAUUAUACAAGAUAAUGAAAAUGAUUCAAAUAUCAGUUUAAAAUAUGGUGUCACACAUGAUCGUAGUGAUGCUGAAGGCAAGGAGGCAUUAGUUAAAAUACCUAAAUUAAAAAUUCCUUCUUUUGACUCAUUUGCACAAAAUGUUAAAGACAGUGGUGAGAGGGAACAUAAAACUAUUGUUGAUAUAAACAAGGACAGUAAACAGAAUAUUCCAAGAACAGCAAAAGUUAAGUUACCAAAAGUAGAGUUAUCAUUACCAAAAUUCAAGGGACAUAAAAGUCAAUAUAAGGUACAUAUCAAUACAGACAAUGAAAGCAGUGGUAAUAUUAAUGACUUUAACAAUAAGUGGACAUUUUCAGAAGGCCUAAUGCAUGACAGUUCAUUUAGUUCAAAUACAAAAGAUAAAAUAAAAAUUCAUACAGAUGGAGUUUUUCAAAUUCAGGCAGAUAUCAAUAAACCAUCAGCUACUAAUGUCAAUACAAUUGAAGUUAGUGAAAAUCAGGACAAUGAAAUAUCAAAAGAAACUAAUGCAAACGAUUUAGUGGGUGUGGCAGAAGACAUAAAAAUUGUUUUUCCUCACAUGCAAAUCCCUCAAUAUAGUGAAUAUAUUUCUGACAAAAAUGAAGAAGAAGCAGAACAAAUGAAAAGAUUGGUUACUGAAACAGAUUUUGAACUGAAAAAAGAUAUAAACAAAUGUGAACUUACAGAAAGGACAAAAAUCCAUAAACUAAAUAAAAAAGGAGUAAAGGGAGAACAAGAACACACCAACACCUUGACAGAAUCUAUAGUAGGUGGUUUGACUCAAGAAUAUGAUGUAGGUAACAAUGAUAUCAGUGAAGCUUUACAAAGAAAAAAUAUAUCCACAUCAGAGACACUACAAGACACAAUCGCAAACAUGGAUAUCCAGAAUUACAAUUAUGAACUUGAUAACAAAGAAUUAAAUUAUAAGACAAAAUCUAAAAAUGAAUCGAUUAAACAAAAUAUUCAACAAGACGCUAAAACCACCUUUACAUACUCAGAAGGUAAACAUGCAAAUGAAAAAAAUACUAAUAACCAGUUAUCAAAAUUAAAAUUUCCAAAAUUUGAGCUGUCUAAACAUUUCAAACAGGUUAAGCCUCAAAAAGAGAAUGCAGAAACUGCACUUGUAAAUACUGAGAAGAGUGAAACAAAAGUUUUCUUGAACAUGCCUGAAGACAGAGUAGAAAUAGCUCUAAAAGCACAAAUUACAGAACCCACAACACGAAUUCUGGAAACAUUUAAAGAACCGUCCAUUUGUGAAAUACAGCUUCCAAAAUCCAUAACAGGGAAGGGUAAACAGCAGGCAGAAGACACUCUAGAAAAAGAGAGAGAAAUUAGCAGUGAAUAUGUCAGUGCUGCCGAAAAUCAAUCAGCUUCUUUGGGUUGGGGCAUACAGCUCCCUGCAUUCAAAAUACCACUGUUUGGCAUAUCUGAAAAAACAGCGGAUCUAAUAGACUCUGCCGAUGUUUCAAUCACCAAGGAGGAAGAAAAGCCAGAGAGUGAAUCUAAAGUUCAAACGGACAGACUGAUCACUCACGAGGCAACCCCGAUGCAAGAACACUGGGAUGUACAGGGUACAGGCACAGAGCACAGCAUAAGGAUUACAACGGUUCAAAAAACCAUCAUAUCCCCAGAAAGCCAAAUAGUUGACAAAACCUCUCCAGCUCAACGCUAUGAGAUAAAAAGAGAAUACAAGGUGGAAGAUAUCAACGAAACAUUUGCUCCAACUGAAGAAGAAUUAAAACCUACAAAAGAAAUGGCUGAGGCUGCAACUCUCGACACUGGGUUAAGUAAAAGAGACGUUUCCCUCAAGGUGGCUGAAGAAACAGUGGAGAAAGCAACAGAAACUCAGGACAUGCAAAUUACAGAACCCAAAACACAAGUUCUAGAGACAGUUGCCGAAUCAUCACUUAUCGAAACACAGCUUUCAACAAUUUCCACUCUAGAAUUUGGACAGCCUGAUCAAGCGGCUAUCCCUGAUAGCUCUGAUGCUACUCCAAAGCCGAAAGAAGAUAUUAAACGUGAGUUAGAAGAAAGAGAAGGAGAAACUAAGAGUGAAUAUAUCAGCACCGUAGCAAAGGAAACAAGUUCUUGGGGUUGGGGCAUACAGCUCCCUGCAUUCAAAAUACCAUUGUUUGGCAAAUCCGACAAACCAGCUGAUCUGAUAGAAACUGAAGAUGCUUCAAAACCCAAAGAAGAAUUAAAGUCCGAGACUGAAAUAAAAGAGGGGGAGACAGUUAUACAGUCUGUAAGCCUCUCAGUUGAAACUGAGCCAACAACAGUUCCCAAAGAAAAGGUAGAAGUCGAGCUUCAGCAAGCGGAUGAAAAGUCCAAACCUGACACUGACACCGUCCAGUCAUUGGAAAUACCAAAAGAACUUAAAGAAAAAGAACCUGAAAUAGUACAGAAAGAGUUAAUAAAAGAGGAGGAGACAGUUAUAGAGUCCUUAAGCCUCUCACUUGAGACUGAGCCAACAACAGUUCCCAAAGAAAAGGUAAAAGUCGAGCUUCAACAAGAGGAAGAAAAGUCCAAACCUGACACUGACAUCGUCCAGUCAUUGGAAAUACCAAAAGAAGUAAAAGAAAAAGAAUCUGAAAUAGUACAGAAAGAGUUAAGCAUUCAUGUGGAACCCUCUAUGGAAGAACACUGGGAGGUGCAGGGUAAAGGAAAAAGACGCAAGAAAAAGGUUACCAAAGUAGAGAAGACUGUGAAGUCUACAGAAAGCCAAGACAUAGGUGUAACUUCUCCUACGGAAGAAUACGUUUUCACCUCACAAACAAAAAUGCAAUUUGAGCUUGAAGACACUGGCGAAACAUUGUCCCCAACUGAAGAAGAACUAAAGCCUCAAAAAGAGAUGGCAGAGACUGCAACUGUAAAGACUGAGCCAAGUGAAACAAAAGUUUUCCUGACCAUGUCAGAAGACAGAGUAGAUACGGCUCAAAUCACAGAACCCACAACACAAAUUCUAGAGACAGUUACGCAAUUGGCAGUUUGCGAAACACAGCUUCCAGCAUCCACAACAGAGGAGGGUCCACAGCAGGCAGAAGACACUCAACAUGACUUAGAAGAAAAAGAGAGAGAAAUUAGCAGUGAAUAUGUCAGUGCUGCCGAAAAUCAAUCAGCUUCUUUUGGUUGGGGCAUACAGCUCCCUGCAUUCAAAAUACCACUGUUUGGCAUAUCUGAAAAACCAGCAGAUCUAAUAGACUCUGCCGACGUUUCAAUCACCAAGGAGGAAGAAAAGCCAGAGAGUGAAUCUAAAGUUCAACCGGAUAGACUGAUCACUCACGAGGCAACCCCGAUGCAAGAACACUGGGAUGUACAGGGUACAGGCACAGAGCACAGCAUAAGGAUUACAACGGUUCAAAAAACCAUCAUAUCCCCAGAAAGCCAAAUAGUUGACAAAACCUCUCCAGCUCAACUCUAUGAGAUAAAAAGAGAAUACAAGGUGGAAGAUAUGAGCGAAACAUUUGCUCCAACUGAAGAAGAAUUAAAACCUACAAAAGAAAUGGCUGAGGCUGCAACUCUCGACACUGGGUUAAGUAAAAGAGACGUUUCCCUCAAGGUGGCUGAAGAAACAGUGGAGAAAGCAACAGAAACUCAGGACACGCAAAUUACAGAACCCAAAACACAAGUUCUUGAGACAGUUGCCGAAUCAUCACUUAGCGAAACACAGCUUUCAACAAUUUCCACUCUAGAAUUUGGACAACCUGAUCAAGCGGCUAUCCCUGAUAGCUCUGAUGCUACUCCAAAGCCGAAAGAAGAUAUUAAACGUGAGUUAGAAGAAAGAGAAACUAAGAGUGAAUAUAUCAGCACCGUAGCAAAGGAAACAAGUUCUUGGGGUUGGGGCAUACAGCUCCCUGCAUUCAAAAUACCAUUGUUUGGCAAAUCCGACAAACCAGCUGAUCUGAUAGAAACUGAAGAUGUUUCAAAACCCAAAGAAGAAUUAAAGUCCGAGACUGAAAUAAAAGAGGGGGAGACAGUUAUACAGUCUGUAAGCCUCUCAGUUGAAACUGAGCCAACAACAGUUCCCAAAGAAAAGGUAGAAGUAGAGCUUCAGCAAGCAGAUGAAAAGUCCAAACCUGACACUGACACCGUCCAGUCAUUGGAAAUACCAAAAGAACUUAAAGAAAAAGAACCUCAAAUAGUACAGAAAGAGUUAAUAAAAGAGGAGGAGACAGUUAUAGAGUCCUUAAGCCUCUCACUUGAGACUGAGCCAACAACAGUUCCCAAAGAAAAGGUAAAAGUCGAGCUUCAACAAGAGAAAGAAAAGUCCAAACCUGACACUGACAUCGUCCAGUCAUUGGAAAUACCAAAAGAAGUAAAAGAAAAAGAAUCUGAAAUAGUACAGAAAGAGUUAAGAAUUCAUGUGGAACCCUCUAUGGAAGAACACUGGGAGGUGCAGGGAAAAGGAAAAAGACGCAGGAAAAAGGUUACAAAAGUAGAGAAGACUGUCAAGUCUACAGAAAGCCAAGACGUAGGUGUAACUUCUCCUACGGAAGAAUACGUUUUCACCUCACAAACAAAAAUGCAAUUUGAGCUUGAAGACACUGGCGAAACUUUGUCCCCAACUGAAGAAGAACUAAAGCCUCAAAAAGAGAUGGCAGAGACUGCAACUGUAAAGACUGAGCCAAGUGAAACAAAAGUUUUCCUGACCAUGUCAGAAGACAGAGUAGAUACGGCUCAAAUCACAGAACCCACAACACAAAUUCUAGAGACAGUUAUGCAAUUGGCAGUUUGCGGAACACAGCUUCCAGCAUCCACAACAGAGGAGGGUCCACACCAGGCAGAAGACACUCAACUUGACUUAGAAGAAAAAGAGAGAGAAAUUAGCAGUGAAUAUGUCAGUGCUGCCGAACAUCAAUCAGCUUCUUUGGGUUGGGGCAUACAGCUCCCUGCAUUCAAAAUACCACUGUUUGGCAUAUCUGAAAAAACAGCAGAUCUAAUCACCAAGGAGGAAGAAAAGCCAGAGAGUGAAUCUAAAGUUCAAACGGACAGACUGAUCACUCACGAGGCAACCCCGAUGCAAGAACACUGGGAUGUACAGGGUACAGGAACAGAGCACAGCAUAAGGAUUACAACAGUUCAAAAAACCAUCAUAUCCCCAGAAAGCCAAAUAGUUGACAAAACGUCUCCGGCUCAACUCUAUGAGAUAAAAAGAGAAUACAAGGUGGAAGAUAUCAGCGAAACAUUUGCUCCAACUGAAGAAGAAUUAAAACCUACAAAAGAAAUGGCUGAGGCUGCAACUCUCGACACUGGGUUAAGAAAAAGAGACGUUUCCCUCAAGGUGGCUGAAGGACCAGUGGAGAAAGCAACAGAAACUCAGGACACGCAAAUUACAGAACCCAAAACACAAGUUCUAGAGACAGUUGCCGAAUCAUCACUUAGCGAAACACAGCUUUCAACAAUUUCCACUCUAGAAUUUGGACAGCCUGAUCAAGCGGCUAUCCCUGAUAGCUCUGAUGCUACUCCACAGCCGAAAGAAGAUAUUAAACAUGAGUUAGAAGAAAGAGAAGGAGAAACUAAGAGUGAAUAUAUCAGCACCGUAGCAAAGGAAACAAGUUCUUGGGGUUGGGGCAUACAGCUCCCUGCAUUCAAAAUACCAUUGUUUGGCAAAUCCGACAAACCAGCUGAUCUGAUAGAAACUGAAGAUGCUUCAAAACCCAAAGAAGAAUUAAAGUCCGAGACUGAAAUAAAAGAGGAGGAGACAGUUAUAGAGUCCUUAAGCCUCUCACUUGAGACUGAGCCAACAACAGUUCCCAAAGAAAAGGUAAAAGUCGAGCUUCAACAAGAGGAAGAAAAGUCCAAACCUGACACUGACAUCGUCCAGUCAUUGGAAAUACCAAAAGAAGUAAAAGAAAAAGAAUCUGAAAUAGUACAGAAAGAGUUAAGCACUCAUGUGGAACCCUCUAUGGAGGAACACUGGGAGGUGGAGGGAAAAGGAAAAAGACGCAGGAAAAAGGUUACAAAAGUAGAGAAGACUGUCAAGUCUACAGAAAGCCAGGACGUAGGUGUAACUUCUCCUACGGAAGAAUACAUUUUCACCUCACAAACAAAAAUGCAAUUUGAGCUUGAAGACACUGGUGAAACUUUGUCCCCAACUGAAGAAGAACUAAAGCCUCAAAAAGAGAUGGCAGAGACUGCAACUGUAAAGACUGAGCCAAGUGAAACAAAAGUUUUCCUGACCAUGUCAGAAGACAGAGUAGAUACGGCUCAAAUCACAGAACCCACAAUACAAAUUCUAGAGACAGUUACACAAUUGGCAGUUUGCGAAACACAGCUUCCAGCAUCCACAACAGAGGAGGGUCCACAGCAGGCAGAAGACACUCAACUUGACUUAGAAGAAAAAGAGAGAGAAAUUAGCAGUGAAUAUGUCAGUGCUGCCGAAAAUCAAUCAGCUUCUUUGGGUUGGGGCAUACAGCUCCCUGCAUUCAAAAUACCACUGUUUGGCAUAUCUGAAAAACCAGCGGAUCUAAUAGACUCUGCCGACGUUUCAAUCACCAAGGAGGAAGAAAAGCCAGAGAAUGAAUCUAAAGUUCAAACGGACAGACUGAUCACUCACGAGGCAACCCCGAUGCAAAAACACUGGGAUGUACACGGUACAGGCACAGAGCACAGCAUAAGGAUUACAACGGUUCAAAAAACCAUCAUAUCCCCAGAAAGCCAAAUAGUUGACAAAACCUCUCCAGCUCAACUCUAUGAGAUAAAAAGAGAAUACAAGGUGGAAGAUAUCAACGAAACAUUUGCUCCAACUGAAAAAGAAUUAAAACCUACAAAAGAAAUGGCUGAGGCUGCAACUCUCGACACUGGGUUAAGUAAAAGAGACGUUUCCCUCAAGGUGGCUGAAGAAACAGUGGAGAAAGCAACAGAAACUCAGGACAUGCAAAUUACAGAACCCAAAACACAAGUUCUAGAGACAGUUGCCGAAUCAUCACUUAGCGAAACACAGCUUUCAACAAUUUCCACUCUAGAAUUUGGACAGCCUGAUCAAGCGGCUAUCCCUGAUAGCUCUGAUGCUACUCCAAAGCCGAAAGAAGAUAUUAAACGUGAGUUAGAAGAAAGAGAAGGAGAAACUAAGAGUGUAUAUAUCAGCACCGUAGCAAAGGAAACAAGUUCUUGGGGUUGGGGCAUACAGCUCCCUGCAUUCAAAAUACCAUUGUUUGGCAAAUCCGACAAACCAGCUGAUCUGAUAGAAACUGAAGAUGCUUCAAAACCCAAAGAAGAAUUAAAGUCCGAGACUGAAAUAAAAGAGGGGGAGACAGUUAUACAGUCUGUAAGCCUCUCAGUUGAAACUGAGCCAACAACAGUUCCCAAAGAAAAGGUAGAAGUCGAGCUUCAGCAAGCGGAUGAAAAGUCAAAACCUGACACUGACACCGUCCAGUCAUUGGAAAUACCAAAAGAACUUAAAGAAAAAGAACCUGAAAUAGUACAGAAAGAGUUAAUAAAAGAGGAGGAGACAGUUAUAGAGUCCUUAAGCCUCUCACUUGAGACUGAGCCAACAACAGUUCCCAAAGAAAAGGUAAAAGUCAAGCUUCAACAAGAGGAAGAAAAGUCCAAACCUUACACUGACAUCGUCCAGUCAUUGGAAAUACCAAAAGAAGUAAAAGAAAAAGAAUCUGAAAUAGUACAGAAAGAGUUAAGCAUUCAUGUGGAACCCUCUAUGGAAGAACACUGGGAGGUGCAGGGUAAAGGAAAAAGACGCAAGAAAAAGGUUACCAAAGUAGAGAAGACUGUGAAGUCUACAGAAAGCCAAGACGUAGGUGUAACUUCUCCUAAGGAAGAAUACAUUUUCACCUCACAAACAAAAAUGCAAUUUGAGCUUGAAGACACUGGUGAAACUUUGUCCCCAACUGAAGAAGAACUAAAGCCUCAAAAAGAGAUGGCAGAGACUGCAACUGUAAAGACUGAGCCAAGUGAAACAAAAGUUUUCCUGACCAUGUCAGAAGACAGAGUAGAUACGGCUCAAAUCACAGAACCCACAAUACAAAUUCUAGAGACAGUUACACAAUUGGCAGUUUGCGAAACACAGCUUCCAGCAUCCACAACAGAGGAGGGUCCACAGCAGGCAGAAGACACUCAACUUGACUUAGAAGAAAAAGAGAGAGAAAUUAGCAGUGAAUAUGUCAGUGCUGCCGAAAAUCAAUCAGCUUCUUUGGGUUGGGGCAUACAGCUCCCUGCAUUCAAAAUACCACUGUUUGGCAUAUCUGAAAAACCAGCGGAUCUAAUAGACUCUGCCGACGUUUCAAUCACCAAGGAGGAAGAAAAGCCAGAGAAUGAAUCUAAAGUUCAAACGGACAGACUGAUCACUCACGAGGCAACCCCAAUGCAAGAACACUGGGAUGUACACGGUACAGGCACAGAGCACAGCAUAAGGAUUACAACGGUUCAAAAAACCAUCAUAUCCCCAGAAAGCCAAAUAGUUGACAAAACCUCUCCAGCUCAACUCUAUGAGAUAAAAAGAGAAUACAAGGUGGAAGAUAUCAACGAAACAUUUGCUCCAACUGAAAAAGAAUUAAAACCUACAAAAGAAAUGGCUGAGGCUGCAACUCUCGACACUGGGUUAAGUAAAAGAGACGUUUCCCUCAAGGUGGCUGAAGAAACAGUGGAGAAAGCAACAGAAACUCAGGACAUGCAAAUUACAGAACCCAAAACACAAGUUCUAGAGACAGUUGCCGAAUCAUCACUUAGCGAAACACAGCUUUCAACAAUUUCCACUCUAGAAUUUGGACAGCCUGAUCAAGGGGCUAUCCCUGAUAGCUCUGAUGCUACUCCAAAGCCGAAAGAAGAUAUUAAACGUGAGUUAGAAGAAAGAGAAGGAGAAACUAAGAGUGUAUAUAUCAGCACCGUAGCAAAGGAAACAAGUUCUUGGGGUUGGGGCAUACAGCUCCCUGCAUUCAAAAUACCAUUGUUUGGCAAAUCCGACAAACCAGCUGAUCUGAUAGAAACUGAAGAUGCUUCAAAACCCAAAGAAGAAUUAAAGUCCGAGACUGAAAUAAAAGAGGGGGAGACAGUUAUACAGUCUGUAAGCCUCUCAGUUGAAACUGAGCCAACAACAGUUCCCAAAGAAAAGGUAGAAGUCGAGCUUCAGCAAGCGGAUGAAAAGUCAAAACCUGACACUGACACCGUCCAGUCAUUGGAAAUACCAAAAGAACUUAAAGAAAAAGAACCUGAAAUAGUACAGAAAGAGUUAAUAAAAGAGGAGGAGACAGUUAUAGAGUCCUUAAGCCUCUCACUUGAGACUGAGCCAACAACAGUUCCCAAAGAAAAGGUAAAAGUCAAGCUUCAACAAGAGGAAGAAAAGUCCAAACCUUACACUGACAUCGUCCAGUCAUUGGAAAUACCAAAAGAAGUAAAAGAAAAAGAAUCUGAAAUAGUACAGAAAGAGUUAAGCAUUCAUGUGGAACCCUCUAUGGAAGAACACUGGGAGGUGCAGGGUAAAGGAAAAAGACGCAAGAAAAAGGUUACCAAAGUAGAGAAGACUGUGAAGUCUACAGAAAGCCAAGACGUAGGUGUAACUUCUCCUAAGGAAGAAUACAUUUUCACCUCACAAACAAAAAUGCAAUUUGAGCUUGAAGACACUGGUGAAACUUUGUCCCCAACUGAAGAAGAACUAAAGCCUCAAAAAGAGAUGGCAGAGACUGCAACUGUAAAGACUGAGCCAAGUGAAACAAAAGUUUUCCUGACCAUGUCAGAAGACAGAGUAGAUACGGCUCAAAUCACAGAACCCACAAUACAAAUUCUAGAGACAGUUACACAAUUGGCAGUUUGCGAAACACAGCUUCCAGCAUCCACAACAGAGGAGGGUCCACAGCAGGCAGAAGACACUCAACUUGACUUAGAAGAAAAAGAGAGAGAAAUUAGCAGUGAAUAUGUCAGUGCUGCCGAAAAUCAAUCAGCUUCUUUGGGUUGGGGCAUACAGCUCCCUGCAUUCAAAAUACCACUGUUUGGCAUAUCUGAAAAACCAGCGGAUCUAAUAGACUCUGCCGACGUUUCAAUCACCAAGGAGGAAGAAAAGCCAGAGAAUGAAUCUAAAGUUCAAACGGACAGACUGAUCACUCACGAGGCAACCCCAAUGCAAGAACACUGGGAUGUACACGGUACAGGCACAGAGCACAGCAUAAGGAUUACAACGGUUCAAAAAACCAUCAUAUCCCCAGAAAGCCAAAUAGUUGACAAAACCUCUCCAGCUCAACUCUAUGAGAUAAAAAGAGAAUACAAGGUGGAAGAUAUCAACGAAACAUUUGCUCCAACUGAAAAAGAAUUAAAACCUACAAAAGAAAUGGCUGAGGCUGCAACUCUCGACACUGGGUUAAGUAAAAGAGACGUUUCCCUCAAGGUGGCUGAAGAAACAGUGGAGAAAGCAACAGAAACUCAGGACAUGCAAAUUACAGAACCCAAAACACAAGUUCUAGAGACAGUUGCCGAAUCAUCACUUAGCGAAACACAGCUUUCAACAAUUUCCACUCUAGAAUUUGGACAGCCUGAUCAAGCGGCUAUCCCUGAUAGCUCUGAUGCUACUCCAAAGCCGAAAGAAGAUAUUAAACGUGAGUUAGAAGAAAGAGAAGGAGAAACUAAGAGUGUAUAUAUCAGCACCGUAGCAAAGGAAACAAGUUCUUGGGGUUGGGGCAUACAGCUCCCUGCAUUCAAAAUACCAUUGUUUGGCAAAUCCGACAAACCAGCUGAUCUGAUAGAAACUGAAGAUGCUUCAAAACCCAAAGAAGAAUUAAAGUCCGAGACUGAAAUAAAAGAGGGGGAGACAGUUAUACAGUCUGUAAGCCUCUCAGUUGAAACUGAGCCAACAACAGUUCCCAAAGAAAAGGUAGAAGUCGAGCUUCAGCAAGCGGAUGAAAAGUCAAAACCUGACACUGACACCGUCCAGUCAUUGGAAAUACCAAAAGAACUUAAAGAAAAAGAACCUGAAAUAGUACAGAAAGAGUUAAUAAAAGAGGAGGAGACAGUUAUAGAGUCCUUAAGCCUCUCACUUGAGACUGAGCCAACAACAGUUCCCAAAGAAAAGGUAAAAGUCAAGCUUCAACAAGAGGAAGAAAAGUCCAAACCUUACACUGACAUCGUCCAGUCAUUGGAAAUACCAAAAGAAGUAAAAGAAAAAGAAUCUGAAAUAGUACAGAAAGAGUUAAGCAUUCAUGUGGAACCCUCUAUGGAAGAACACUGGGAGGUGCAGGGUAAAGGAAAAAGACGCAAGAAAAAGGUUACCAAAGUAGAGAAGACUGUGAAGUCUACAGAAAGCCAAGACGUAGGUGUAACUUCUCCUAAGGAAGAAUACGUUUUCACCUCACAAACAAAAAUGCAAUUUGAGCUUGAAGACACUGGCGAAACAUUGUCCCCAACUGAAGAAGAACUAAAGCCUCAAAAAGAGAUGGCAGAGACUGCAACUGUAAAGACUGAGCCAAGUGAAACAAAAGUUUUCCUGACCAUGUCAGAAGACAGAGUAGAUACGGCUCAAAUCACAGAACCCACAACACAAAUUCUAGAGACAGUUACGCAAUUGGCAGUUUGCGAAACACAGCUUCCAGCAACCACAACAGAGGAGGGUCCACAGCAGGCAGAAGACACUCAACUUGACUUAGAAGAAAAAGAGAGAGAAAUUAGCAGUGAAUAUGUCAGUGCUGCCGAAAAUCAAUCAGCUUCUUUGGGUUGGGGUAUACAGCUCCCUGCAUUCAAAAUACCACUGUUUGGCAUAUCUCAAAAACCAGCAGAUCUAAUAGACUCUGCCGUCGUUUCAAUCACCAAGGAGAAAGAAAAGCCAGAGAGUGAAUCUAAAGUUCAACCGGAUAGACUGAUCACUCACGAGGCAACCCCGAUGCAAGAACACUGGGAUGUACAGGGUACAGGCACAGAGCACAGCAUAAGGAUUACAACGGUUCAAAAAACCAUCAUAUCCCCAGAAAGCCAAAUAGUUGACAAAACCUCUCCGGCUCAAAUCUAUGAGAUAAAAACAGAAUACAAGGUGGAAGAUAUCAGCGAAACAUUUGCUCCAACUGAAGAAGAAUUAAAACCUACAAAAGAAAUGACUGAGGCUGCAACUCUCGACACUGGCUUAAGUAAAAGAGACGUUUCCCUCAAGGUGGCUGAAGAAACAGUGGAGAAAGCAACAGAAACUCAGGACACGCAAAUUACAGAACCCAAAACACAAGUUCUAGAGACAGUUGCCGAAUCAUCACUUAGCAAAACACAGCUUUCAACAUUUUCCACUCUAGAAUUUGGACAGCCUGAUCAAGCGGCUAUCCCUGAUAGCUCUGAUGCUACUCCACAGCCGAAAGAAGAUAUUAAACGUGAGUUAGAAGAAAGAGAAGGAGAAACUAAGAGUGAAUAUAUCAGCACCGUAGCAAAGGAAACAAGUUCUUGGGGUUGGGGCAUACAGCUCCCUGCAUUCAAAAUACCAUUGUUUGGCAAAUCCGACAAACCAGCUGAUCUGAUAGAAACUGAAGAUGCUUCAAAACCCAAAGAAGAAUUAAAGUCCGAGACUGAAAUAAAAGAGGAGGAGACAGUUAUAGAGUCCUUAAGCCUCUCACUUGAGACUGAGCCAACAACAGUUCCCAAAGAAAAGGUAAAAGUCGAGCUUCAACAAGAGAAAGAAAAGUCCAAACCUGACACUGACAUCGUCCAGUCAUUGGAAAUACCAAAAGAAGUAAAAGAAAAAGAAUCUGAAAUAGUACAGAAAGAGUUAAGCAUUCAUGUGGAACCCUCUAUGGAAGAACACUGGGAGGUGCAGGGAAAAGGAAAAAGACGCAAGAAAAAGGUUACCAAAGUAGAGAAGACUGUGAAGUCUACAGAAAGCCAAGACGUAGGUGUAACUUCUCCUAAGGAAGAAUAUGUUUUCACCUCACAAACAAAAAUGCAAUUUGAGCUUGAAGACACUGGCGAAACAUUGUCCCCAACUGAAGAAGAACUAAAGCCUCAAAAAGAGAUGGCAGAGACUGCAACUGUAAAGACUGAGCCAAGUGAAACAAAAGUUUUCCUGACCAUGUCAGAAGACAGAGUAGAUACGGCUCAAAUCACAGAACCCACAACACAAAUUCUAGAGACAGUUACGCAAUUGGCAGUUUGCGAAACACAGCUUCCAGCAUCCACAACAGAGCAGGGUCCACAGCAGGCAGAAGACACUCAACUUGACUUAGAAGAAAAAGAGAGAGAAAUUAGCAGUGAAUAUGUCAGUGCUGCCGAAAAUCAAUCAGCUUCUUUGGGUUGGGGCAUACAGCUCCCUGCAUUCAAAAUACCACUGUUUGGCAUAUCUGAAAAACCAGCGGAUCUAAUAGACUCUGCCGACGUUUCAAUCACCAAGGAGGAAGAAAAGCCAGAGAAUGAAUCUAAAGUUCAAACGGACAGACUGAUCACUCACGAGGCAACCCCGAUGCAAGAACACUGGGAUGUACACGGUACAGGCACAGAGCACAGCAUAAGGAUUACAACGGUUCAAAAAACCAUCAUAUCCCCAGAAAGCCAAAUAGUUGACAAAACCUCUCCAGCUCAACUCUAUGAGAUAAAAAGAGAAUACAAGAUGGAAGAUAUCAACGAAACAUUUGCUCCAACUGAAGAAGAAUUAAAACCUACAAAGGAAAUGGCUGAGGCUGCAACUCUCGACACUGGGUUCAGUAAAAGAGACGUUUCCCUCAAGGUGGCUGAAGAAACAGUGGAGAAAGCAACAGAAACUCAGGACACGCAAAUUACAGAACCCAAAACACAAGUUCUAGAGACAGUUGCCGAAUCAUCACUUAGCGAAACACAGCUUUCAACAUUUUCCACUCUAGAAUUUGGACAGCCGGAUCAAGCGGCUAUCCCUGAUAGCUCUGAUGCUACUCCACAGCCGAAAGAAGAUAUUAAACGUGAGUUAGAAGAAAGAGAAACUAAGAGUGAAUAUAUCAGCACCGUAGCAAAGGAAACAAGUUCUUGGGGUUGGGGCAUACAGCUCCCUGCAUUCAAAAUACCAUUGUUUGGCAAAUCCGACAAACCAGCUGAUCUGAUAGAAACUGAAGAUGUUUCAAAACCCAAACAAGAAUUAAAGUCCGAGACUGAAAUAAAAGAGGAGGAGACAGUUAUAGAGUCCUUAAGCCUCUCACUUGAGACUGAGCCAACAACAGUUCCCAAAGAAAAGGUAAAAGUCGAGCUUCAACAAGAGAAAGAAAAGUCCAAACCUGACACUGACAUCGUCCAGUCAUUGGAAAUACCAAAAGAAGUAAAAGAAAAAGAAUCUGAAAUAGUACAGAAAGAGUUAAGAAUUCAUGUGGAACCCUCUAUGGAAGAACACUGGGAGGUGCAGGGAAAAGGAAAAAGACGCAGGAAAAAGGUUACAAAAGUAGAGAAGACUGUCAAGUCUACAGAAAGCCAAGACGUAGGUGUAACUUCUCCUACGGAAGAAUACGUUUUCACCUCACAAAGAAAAAUGCAAUUUGAGCUUGAAGACACUGGCGAAACUUUGUCCCCAACUGAAGAAGAACUAAAGCCUCAAAAAGAGAUGGCAGAGACUGCAACUGUAAAGACUGAGCCAAGUGAAACAAAAGUUUUCCUGACCAUGUCAGAAGACAGAGUAGAUACGGCUCAAAUCACAGAACCCACAACACAAAUUCUAGAGACAGUUAUGCAAUUGGCAUUUUGCGAAACACAGCUUCCAGCAUCCACAACAGAGGAGGGUCCACAGCAGGCAGAAGACACUCAACUUGACUUAGAAGAAAAAGAGAGAGAAAUUAGCAGUGAAUAUGUCAGUGCUGCCGAACAUCAAUCAGCUUCUUUGGGUUGGGGCAUACAGCUCCCUGCAUUCAAAAUACCACUGUUUGGCAUAUCUGAAAAAACAGCAGAUCUAAUCACCAAGGAGGAAGAAAAGCCAGAGAGUGAAUCUAAUGUUCAAACGGACAGACUGAUCACUCACGAGGCAACCCCGAUGCAAGAACACUGGGAUGUACAGGGUACAGGAACAGAGCACAGCAUAAGGAUUACAACCGUUCAAAAAACCAUCAUAUCCCCAGAAAGCCAAAUAGUUGACAAAACGUCUCCGGCUCAACUCUAUGAGAUAAAAAGAGAAUACAAGGUGGAAGAUAUCAGCGAAACAUUUGCUCCAACUGAAGAAGAAUUAAAACCUACAAAAGAAAUGGCUGAGGCUGCAACUCUCGACACUGGGUUAAGAAAAAGAGACGUUUCCCUCAAGGUGGCUGAAGAAACAGUGGAGAAAGCAACAGAAACUCAGGACAUGCAAAUUACAGAACCCAAAACACAAGUUCUAGAGAAAGUUGCCGAAUCAUCACUUAGCGAAACACAGCUUUCAACAAUUUCCACUCUAGAAUUUGGACAGCCUGAUCAAGCGGCUAUCCCUGAUAGCUCUAAUGCUACUCCACAGCCGAAAGAAGAUAUUAAAUGUGAGUUAGAAGAAAGAGAAGGAGAAACUAAGAGUGAAUAUAUCGGCACUGUAGCAAAGGAAACAAGUUCUUGGGGUUGGGGCAUACAGCUCCCUGCAUUCAAAAUACCAUUGUUUGGCAAAUCCGACAAACCAGCUGAUCUGAUAGAAACUGAAGAUGCUUCAAAACCCAAAGAAGAAUUAAAGUCCGAGACUGAAAUAAAAGAGGGGGAGACAGUUAUACAGUCUGUAAGCCUCUCAGUUGAAACUGAGCCAACAACAGUUCCCAAAGAAAAGGUAGAAGUCGAGCUUCAGCAAGCGGAUGAAAAGUCCAAACCUGACACUGACACCGUCCAGUCAUUGGAAAUACCAAAAGAACUUAAAGAAAAAGAACCUGAAAUAGUACAGAAAGAGUUAAUAAAAGAGGAGGAGACAGUUAUAGAGUCCUUAAGCCUCUCACUUGAGACUGAGCCAACAACAGUUCCCAAAGAAAAGGUAAAAGUCGAGCUUCAACAAGAGGAAGAAAAGUCCAAACCUGACACUGACAUCGUCCAGUCAUUGGAAAUACCAAAAGAAGUAAAAGAAAAAGAAUCUGAAAUAGUACAGAAAGAGUUAAGAAUUCAUGUGGAACCCUCUAUGGAAGAACACUGGGAGGUGCAGGGAAAAGGAAAAAGACGCAGGAAAAAGGUUACAAAAGUAGAGAAGUCUGUCAAGUCUACAGAAAGCCAAGACGUAGGUUUAACUUCUCCUACGGAAGAAUACGUUUUCACCUCACAAAGAAAAAUGCAAUUUGAGCUUGAAGACACUGGCGAAACUUUGUCCCCAACUGAAGAAGAACUAAAGCCUCAAAAAGAGAUGGCAGAGAUUGCAACUGUAAAGUCUGAGCCAAGUGAAACAAAAGUUUUCCUGACCAUGUCAGAAGACAGAGUAGAUACGGCUCAAAUCACAGAACCCACAACACAAAUUCUAGAGACAGUUAUGCAAUUGGCAGUUUGCGAAACACAGCUUCCAGCAUCCACAACAGAGGAGGGUCCACAGCAGGCAGAAGACACUCAACUUGACUUAGAAGAAAAAGAGAGAGAAAUUAGCAGUGAAUAUGUCAGUGCUGCCGAAAAUCAAUCAGCUUCUUUGGGUUGGGGCAUACAGCUCCCUGCAUUCAAAAUACCACUGUUUGGCAUAUCUGAAAAACCAGCAGAUCUAAUAGACUCUGCCGUCGUUUCAAUCACCAAGGAGAAAGAAAAGCCAGAGAGUGAAUCUAAAGUUCAACCGGAUAGACUGAUCACUCACGAGGCAACCCCGAUGCAAGAACACUGGGAUGUACAGGGUACAGGCACAGAGCACAGCAUAAGGAUUACAACGGUUCAAAAAACCAUCAUAUCCCCAGAAAGCCAAAUAGUUGACAAAACCUCUCCGGCUCAAAUCUAUGAGAUAAAAAGAGAAUACAAGGUGGAAGAUAUCAGCGAAACAUUUGCUCCAACUGAAGAAGAAUUAAAACCUACAAAAGAAAUGACUGAGGCUGCAACUCUCGACACUGGCUUAAGUAAAAGAGACGUUUCCCUCAAGGUGGCUGAAGAAACAGUGGAGAAAGCAACAGAAACUCAGGACAUGCAAAUUACAGAACCCAAAACACAAGUUCUAGAGACAGUUGCCGAAUCAUCACUUAGCGAAACACAGCUUUCAACAAUUUCCACUCUAGAAUUUGGACAGCCUGAUCAAGCGGCUAUCCCUGAUAGUUCUGAUGCUACUCCAAAGCCGAAAGAAGAUAUUAAACGUGAGUUAGAAGAAAGAGAAGGAGAAACUAAGAGUGAAUAUAUCAGCACCGUAGCAAAGGAAACAAGUUCUUGGGGUUGGGGCAUACAGCUCCCUGCAUUCAAAAUACCAUUGUUUGGCAAAUCCAACAAACCAGCUGAUCUAGUAAAAACUGAAGAUGUGUCAAAAACCAAAGAGGAGUUAGAGCCUGAGAAUGAAAUAAAAGAGGGGGAGGUAUUUACACAGUCCAUAAGCCUCUGUGCUGAGACUGAGCCAACAACAGUUUCCAAAGAAAAGGUAAAAAUUAAACUUCAACAGGAGGAAGAAAAGCCCAAACCUGAAAUUGGUGCAGUGCAGUCAUUUGAAAUUCAAAAAGAAGUUACAAAAUCUAAAACAGCACAGAAAGAGUUUAGCAUUCAUAUGAAACCCUCUCCAUCUGAAGAACUAAAACCUCAAACAGAAAUUGCAGUGUCUUCAACUGUAAAGACAGAGACUAUUGGAAGAAAUGUUUUGUUGAUGAUGUCUGAAGACAGAGUAGAUACUGGUGUAACAACUCACAAGACCCAAAUUGCAGAAUCCACAACACAAGUUCUGGAGACAGUUACGGAAUCUAUUUGCAAAACACAGCUUCCCAUGUCCACAAAUUUAACAUUUACUAAAACUGAGCGAACAGGUUCUGCUGGUGGUACAGAGAAAAGUUAUCAACAGAAAGAAGAUAUUAUACUUGACUUAGAUGAAAAAGAGAGAGAACCUAGCAAUGAAUAUGUUAGUGCUUUAGAAAAUCAAUUCACUGCUAUUGGAUCGGGUAUACAGCCACUAGCUGCAUUUGAAAAACCUGAUUUUAUAGACUCUGAAAUUGUUUCGAUCACCAAUGAGAACUUAAAGCCUGAGUCUGAGUGCAUAAAUCUUUCCAGUUCCUGUAAGAUGAAUAUAGAAAAAGUAUGUAAAGGAAAUGCCACUGAUACAGAUUACAGUACACUGCUCAAGUUUGAUCACAAACAUAAAUAUGAAGAAUUUAAUAUUGACACGGAUUUAUUGGACAGACCCGAUAUAAAGGAGUUGGCAUUAACUUCAGCAGAUAUUCCACCUUGCACUGCUAAUAUCUGGGAAACAAAGAGCAAGGGGGUUAUUGUAACAGUUAAUAAAAAUAAUGAAGCAGAACAAUUAAUGUUGAAUCAAGUAGUAGAAGGUGGUUUUGGUUUAAAAGAGAACCAAUCAGAAAUGAAAGUUUUAAAAAUCAGUGCUUAUACUGAAAUCAUUGGAGAUGACCUAUCUAUUAAAACACAAGCAGUAAGCAUGAAAUCUCCAACAGAAUCCGGCACUUUAUUGUUUUCUGAUUUUAAAAAUGACACAUUCAAAGAAUGUGUAACAAUGUCUAAAUCUACUCUGUUACCAUUAACCUCCAAAUCUGAUCAAAAGGGUGUCAAAGAAGCAUCUAAAAUUCACAUAGGAGAACAUCAAAUGACAUGUGAAACUGAAUCUAAGUUACCUAAAAGCAGUCAGGAUUUUGAAGAUGAGUGUGCCAUUCCUUUAAAAGAUAAGCAUGAUGAAGCUAAUAUGCAUUCCACAGUUCUGGAAACAGAAUCCCUUUCAUCAUAUUUUACUAUACCAAUGAUUGGUGUUACUGUUAUUGAAGAGCGAAUUAAUAUCAGUGAUGGGAACAUUAUAGGAAAAGAACUAAAAGCAUCUGGGAAAAAUAUAGAAAGUAAUACAGAAGCUAACUCAAAUAUUCAGGAAGGUGCUGUCAUAAAUUCUGAAGCUGAAGAUUUAAGAGAAACCUGUGAUCAAGUCAAUGCUAACAUUGAGUAUGAGGUAUCAACCCCAAAAGUUCUGCAGAAAUCAGAUGUCUUAUGUGAUUUGGCAAGAAGUGGAGUCACUAUUCCAGUUUCUCCAUCAAUAAUUACUGUCAAAGUUCUUGAAGAACGCAUUUAUACUCCAGAUGAAGACAUUAAAGGAAAUAAACAAAGUUUUUUGACAAAGGAUGAGGUUAGCACAACUGAAAGUCCACAAGAGACUAUUAUAGAGUUGGAAUUUCUGAAAAAAAUUGUAGCAGAAUCUGUAGUAAAGUCUCUUCCAGUUGAAGAAACUUUGCUAGAAAAUGACAGUUCAAUAUUAACACAUGAUUCAUCAGAGCAUAUGCUUAAUUAUUAUCUAACUGAUCCUGCCAAGCAAGUGGAACAUGAUAAAGAAGAACAAAGCCUUAGGACAGUGACUGUAAAUCUGGAAGAGGAAAAGAAAGAGAAUGAUUUGCCAGACAGGGAUGACUCAAUGCCUGCAGAUCAUGCUGAUAGUGGAAUAUGUUUCCAUCAGCUUUCCUUGCCAAAAUAUAGUGUUUCUGUUAUAGAAGAAAAUAUUUACAUUGAAGAUGAAGGAAAUAAAGGAAAUAAUCUGGAUUUAGAAAGAAGUCCUGAGACCCUUAAUUAUACAAUGGGGACUUCAGCCAAAACUGUAGGAAGUGAAAUGAUGUCUACAUCACUGAAUGAUAUUAUACAGACAAAACCUAAGAAAGCAGAUGGUGGCACUGCUAAUUGUGAAGAAGAUAGUCUUUCUGGUCAGGAUGGUGAGACUGAUAUUAAGAUCAAAGAAGAAAAGAAAGAUAAUGACUUGCAGCAGCAAGCAUCUGUUGUAAAGAGCAGAAGUCUUUUUAAACUGCCAUCAUUUAAACUUCCUUCACUUAGUUUUAGGGGAAAGAAAGAAAGAGCUCAAAAUCUUGAUGCAGAUUUACCACAUAAUGAUUUUGCAACAGAUUUACUUGAAAGCGAGAAACUGAAAACACAACUGGAUACUGACACAGACAAAGAAAAAGCAAAUAUUCAUAGCAAGAAAGUUGAGCAUCCAAAAUUCCAGUUGCCUAAGCUGGAAUUAUCAAAACAUUCCAGAGGGGAGAUAAUUAAACACACCAGCACUUGCACAGAUGCAUCAGAGGAGACUUUUACCAAAGAUAUUAGGACUAAAAAUAUUAAUACACAGAAAGAAAAAACUGAAACCGAUUUGUCACCCUUGAGUUUUUUAAGUGAGUUACAACCAAACACAAUUGUUGAGGAAGACAUCAAGAUUGAGUUUCCUUAUUUCAAGGCACCCAAAUUGUCUUUUGUGGAUCCUAAUGAUAAUACUUCUAGUGUCCACAGUGACAAUAAUAAGUUCUAUAAGCCAGAACACAUGCAGCAUAACAAUAAUCAGUUUGCAGAUGACCAAUUUUUGACCGAGGAGAAAAAAGUCUCAGUUUGUAUUACGAAUGUGAAUUUAAGUGAGAAAAAAAUGAAACCCAAAAGGUCUGGCUUUAAAUUAUCUUUUUCAAAAGUUAAGAAUUCUGAUUUAUCUUCUGAUCCACAAUGUGAAUCCUUCAGUGUUGCUGCUAACCAUGAAAAGGUAGGCAUAGACCUUCAUGAAUAUGAUUUAGCUUGCGAGGAUGAACUGCAAACUUUAGAUAUCAGUUGUAUUGCCAAUCAGUCUACUCUAGACUUACCUCAGUCAGAUGCCAAGGGUUCCAAUAAUGGCCCACAUCUUGUAGAAGAAACAACCCUAAAUGAAAUGGAAAAGGCUAUGAAAAAGGAGAUCAAUAUAACACCAACUGCUGUAAAAAACAUUACAUUAAAUGCGAAAAGCUUAGAGACUGCAAAGCCAUUUGAUACAGACAAUGGGGUUCCUCAUCAUAUAACACCUGUUUUUACUGAAUUGCCAGUAUCACCUGAAAACAAGCUUGUAGAGGUAUAUUUAAACACUGACUUUGAAACACAACAAAACACAGAGAGUGAAUAUAAGUCUGAAGAGACAACUCAAACAAAACAACCUUUAAUUAAAAAGGAUAUUUUGUUGACAACCAACUUGGUAAAAGAAUACGAGAUCAGUUCAUCAGAAACUGAAAGACCUUCUUUUGGGUUUUCACUUAUGAAGAUAAAGUUGCCAGAAUCACAUGGAAAUGUUAACAGGGAAGAGCCUGAAUUGUCACUGGAAGCAUAUACCAACAUGGAAGAUAACCUGGCGGCUUCUCAGCCACUGGAAACUGGAAUAGACAAUAUCAUAGCAGAGCAUACCCCAAACAGGCAGAUUUUAUCUUCUAAAGUACACGUACCAAAACUGAAGACUUUAACACUUUCAGUGAAAUCCUCUGACCAGCCUGAGUGUUCUAAUUUGUCUGCUGACACAGAUGAUGGAACAGCUAAGAAUGAAAUGUCAGAAACUGCAGCUUCCAGUCAUGAUGAAAACAGUCUGAGAAAAAAAGAAGCCACAAGUAAUCAGUCACUAAACAAGUUCAAGUUCCACCUCCCUAGUGUUGGAUUUACUUCCUCUGUAGCUGAAACUCACAAUCAAAAAUCUAAUGAAAAAGUGCAGGACAGUGCAAAACUAGUUGAAUCAGGAACUUCAGAGAAAAAAUCAUGGUUUAAAUUUCCCAAAUUAGGGUUUUCUUCUGCUACAGAGAAACAUCAAACUGACAAGGAAGAAGAAGAUGAGUCUGAAACAAUAGAAGACAAUGUGACAAAAGAAGUAAAGAGGAAAGACAAAAGUGAAGAUUCAUCAUAAAGUUCUUAAACGUAAGGCAAUAUCAAUUCAAAUUGAUUAUAGGGACAUUAUACUCACCACUUGUGAAUGUAAGAAGUUAUAAUAGAUUUGUAUGUUUUAUUCUGCAGGGUUAACAAUGGCACUCCCAUUCCUGAUUCUUUGAUAAAAAGUAAUUGUUUGGCAGUUUAAUUAUUCUUUUUUUAUUUUUAAUUUUUCAAUAGCGAUAGGGAUACAGAAGGUAAGGGGGAGGGGGAAAGGGAGGUGAAAUUGCAUAUUCCUUACAUUUCUGUGUAAAAGAAGAUCAAGCCAUUGCAUGAUAAUACGUUCCCUUCUAGUAUUUCAGCAAACUUUUAGCAAUGUACACUACAGAAUGUCUUAAAACACAGCAUAUUUUACUGGGAAGGCAGUUCAUCUUCUCAAAUGUUAGGCGGCAGUGUGAAAAAAAGGACAAUAACUGUAACACUGCUUCAUUUCGCCAUUGAUUUAGUUCUAGUUUAGUUCUGAUGAAUUAGCACAUUUGUCAAAGUUUCAGAAUUUGAGUUGGUGUAUAUAAAUGUAAUGAAAUUCAACCUGCUGCAAAUCCAUUAAUUACUUUCUAAUUUUAACCUUUUUAAAAAUUUUAAAAAAUGUUUAUAAUUAAUUCAUUCUCCAAUUAGUUCACUAACUCUCUAAACUGUUCAUACAUUGUGCAGUAGCAGCAGCAGCUUCAGCUCCAGUCCCUACAGAGAUUACCCCGUGGGCUUUACUGAAACCUGUCUUAGAUUUCCUGUUACCAAAGCCACUUUCCAGUUUAGAAUGUCAGCGUAGGAUAGCAGGGUUGUUGGGCACUAACUCGUGUUUCUUCAAGUACUCUUUUCUGCAAUCGCCCACUGGAACAUGCCCAACUGAAGCCACAUCCAGAUUAUUUUCAAAGGUGCAUGAUCUUAUUGUGAGACUGGGGAGACAAGGGCCUUAAGCAUCACAAGAUGGCACCCAUCAACCUCAUUUAACUACUCUGCAUCAAUGGGAUUGAUGGGUGCCAUUUUUUUGGCAGUUCAGUGGAAAAGGCCUCUGGAGGGGGUCUAGGGGUGUAACUUCACUUUUGUUUUCCUUUAAGUAAAAUUAGCAGUAAGUAGAUUUUUUUCCCUAAUUUAGAUUUUCAACAUUUUUACUCAUGGUAUCAUUAAAAUAUGAUUUUCCCCCUGAAUGAUAAAACUUAAAAACUAUACCUUCCAGCAUUCUGUACAAGCUACACUGGCAUAGGAUGUUGUUUGUUAUAAUUCUGAAGCACAUUUACCAUAGAAUGAUUAUUGUGCCUUACAACUCUAAAACUGAAGUAUAUAUAUAUAUAUAUAUA